UAUUUUAUAUCUAUGAAACGCAUUGAGGAGAGAAUGAAUUCCUUCGGAGUAGUUAUGUGCUUUUGUGAGAGAAUAUAUUGAAAAAAAAAAAAAAAAAGAUACUGAACGUUAAAUACUUACCUCUGGUGAUGUUACUAAGCGAAAUGUAUGCAGUGCAAUUUUAUUACAUACGCCGUUUGUUACUCAGGGAGCCGCAUCUGCGUAGGAGGGAGUAAUUUUUACAUUUUACUAUAUCCUUUAAAAGAUGGGUUUAAAAUUAACGGUGUAAUCAUCAAAAGGAUAUUGUAUGAAAGGAUAUUACGCCUAUGUUCUCUGCUCAACUAAUAGUCUUUUGCCUAGUUACUUUUCUGUGAGGUGUUUUUCUUUGUUUCAAUGCUCAUGUUUUUGGUCUAAAAAUAUUAGAAUAAAUAUCAUGUAAAUGUCUCUGAAUGAUGGAACAAUCAGUAUUACAUUUAUACUGGCUGAAAUCGGUUUUAAUGUGAGCUGAGAAAUGCCCGAUAACGAAAAACCAAAUGAAAAUUCCAAUUUAAAUCAAUCAAAGGCUCAUGCGAGCUCUUUUGAUAAAAGUAGUGGUAGCUCCGGUCCAUCUACUCCACACCAUGAAGCAGAUCAUAGCCAAAAUGAUCUCAACCCCUUGCUUAAGAGAGAUCCAUUGUUAACAUAUGGGGAGUUGAUCAUAUUAGGUUACAAUGGAUGCUUGCCACAGGGUGAAAAGGGACGGCGUCGAAGCAAAUUCGUUCUUUGUAAGAGACCAGUUUCAAACGGUGUACGGAAGUCUUCUCAUUAUGUUGUCAAAACGCCUCAAUCUUCAAAAGCUAUUUUAGAUUCAAAGCAACACUCAAUUUCCUAUACCUUGUCUCGAAAUCAAGCUGUAAUUGUCGAGUAUAUGCCUGAUGAUGAAACAGAUAUGUUUCAAAUUGGGCGAUCAUCUGAGUCGCCAAUCGAUUUUGUGGUAAUGGAUACAGUUGGAGACAAAAAUGAAGCUAAGGUCACUCAGAGUACGAUUUCUCGCUUUGCCUGUCGAAUACUUGUUCGAAGAACUCCUAAUUAUUCUGCUCGAGUAUAUGCAGCUGGCUUUGAUUCUUCAAGAAAUAUUUUUCUAGGAGAGAAGGCAACAAAGUGGCAGCAGAAUGGUGAAAUUGAUGGCUUGACAACAAAUGGAAUUCUCAUCAUGCAUCCUCAGGGCUCAUUUUCUGCUGGUCAGCCUGGUAUUUGGCGAGAAGUCUCGGUUGGGGGUGGUGUUUAUGCACUUCGGGAAAGUCGAUCAGCGCCCGAGAAAGGCUUAAAGAUAGAAGAAGAAACGAAUGUACUUCAAGAUGGGACACUAAUUGACCUCUGUGGUGCAACUUUGCUUUGGCGUUCAGCUGAAGGACUCUCAAAAUCUCCCACUAAACAUCUUCUUGAGGAAAAAAUUGAUGAAUUAAAUGCUGGACGAAUUCAAUGUCCUGUCGGGCUCAAUACCCUUGUGAUUCCUCGCAAAUCAACAUUAACGUGCAGUGAAAAGCAGCCAUAUGUCUAUCUCAUAUGUGGUCAUGUCCAGGGCCUGCAUUCCUGGGGUAUUACAGACAAAGAUAUAAAUGCGCGAACAUGUCCGAUGUGCCUCAAGGUUGGGCCUAUUGUCAAAUUGUCAAUGGGCAUUGAACCAUCUUUGUAUGUUGACUGUGGAGCGCCCACAUUUGCAUUUAAUCCAUGUGGUCACAUGGCAAGCGAGAAAACUGUUAAGUACUGGGCUUCUGUUCCAAUUCCUCAUGGAACCAAUGGUUUUCAUUCUGCAUGUCCAUUCUGUGCGAUGCCACUAAGUGGAGAUCCAGGUUAUGCUAGGCUUAUUUUUCAAGAUCAUGUAGACUAAAUGAGCCUUCCUAAGAAAAAUUCUGCAUUUCAUAUUCUGUGAUGCUCUCUGCAAAAUAAGCAAGAGGUAUUGAAUGUAUUGUACCUGAUUUGGUGACUAUUUUCAAUUCCAGGAAGUAACUUGGAUGCAUCUAAGUGAUGCUUUUCAGAUUGAUAAAGAUAUAAUGGAUGAAUGCAUUGAAUGUUUUCAGGUAUGAAUGCUUAUUUUUUGACAGAAAAAAAAAUGUACAUUCACACUUGUGCAUCUUCAGUGCUAAUAACAAUCAAGUCUUUUCAAAAAAGUUGUUUUUACUAGUAGUUCAAAAACAUUUCUUUAUGUUAUAUUGUUUUUCUGAUGUCUUUAUGUUUAAGUUAUUCAAAGUUAAUUGGAUAUAUAUAUAUAUAUAUAGAAUUGAGUUCACCGCGUUUCGAAGCCAAUUUUUGGCUUCCCAACGUUGGCUUCAAUAACGUCGGUAUUUUAGAGACGUUCACCGCUUAAUGAAGCCAGUAGAGAAGUUCGCUGCGUUUCGAAUCCACUGGCUUCAAUACGUCGGUCUCUAACCACUCACCGCGUUUUGAAGCCAUUUAUCGUGGCUUCAAAAGGUAGGUUUUUUAGAGGUAUACACCGCGCUUUGAAGCCAUAGUGAAAGUUGCAGCCCAAUAUCCUUAAAAAAAGAUUCAAUGAAAGAUAUUUUGUUUUAUUCUCUAUUAAUCUUUUAUAAUUUAUUUUGUGCCGUUUUAAAUUGAUGUAUAUUUUUGAAACUAAUUUCAGCAUUUCAGUUUUUCUUGCCAAUGUUUUAUAAAUUUUUCUAGAAAAUGACUAAAAUUCUUGUGCAGAAAAUAUCACAAAAGAAAAUUCUUUGGAAUAUUUUAACUUAGGAUUUCAAUGAAGGAGAAAAUGUUGUGUAGUUAGCCACAGCUAUUUAUGAAGACAUUGCUAGUGAAAAUAACCUUUACAGUAAAUUUUUGAAAAAAUAAAUAAAUAAAAUGGUUUUCAAAUGGAUUUUCGGUGCAUAUUUUCCUGUUUAUUUCAGAAUAAAUAAAAUGAGAAGCAUUUAAAAAAAAAGAUUCUUUGAAAAAAUACUUUAAUUAAUUAAAUUUGUACGACAAUACUAAUUUUUUUUCUAAUCACAUUCUCAUUCCAUCUGAACUAUUAAUUUUCGGUUUGAUCAUAUAUCCACUAUGUUCCGGAAUCGCCAAAUUUAGUUUUCUCAAAAUUACGCUAGAUCGUAGAUAGCUUAAAAAGAGCAGUUUGUCAAAAAACAAAAACUUAAUGGAUAAACAAAAUUACGCUGCGUAUAGUUAUAAUUUUACUGAUAUUAGUUUAGAAUCAAAGCAGCACUUAGGAAAAAAAAGUGUAAAAACGAUCUAACUAUGUAUGGGUGAUUUAAAAAGCACGACUAUGGAAUUGCAUGUUAUCAAUUGUUAAAAUAAUUAUUGCAUUCAUUAUUUUUCCUUUUUAGGAUGGUUAUUUCUAAAUUUGUUGCAAAACUUUUCAAUUUUUCCUAGCAUUAAAAACUUGAUUUGAUUGCAAUUUAUUUCCGACUCAGGGCCGAUCCUAGGAUGUUGGUUGCCCGUGUGCAAUGCCGCCCCUCUAAAGCGUUUUGACUAAUACUUAACGUCUGACCAUCUUCCUUCUUAUUUCAGUAUCAAGCUCUAAUUUAAAAAAAAAAAAAAACAGAAAAA